AUGGACAAUUUGAUAAAAUACAAAUCAUGUCACACUCCAAACUUCACUCCUCAUUACUACAAUCUUGAUCUUCCGGUCAGUGCAACUCAAGAAGAUAUUGAACAAGCACAUCGUCGCCUCCUCCAAUUAGUUCAUCCAGAUAAUUUACGAGGUCCAGAGCAGAAUAGUAGUGCCGAAACUGCCACUCAGCUUAUCAACGAGGCUUACGAGGUACUGAGAGACGAUGAGAAACGUUUUUAUCAUCUAAUGGUUUGCGAAAAGACGUUUGGUUGUCGUUUCAAAUCCGAUUAUCGACAGAGGUUUGGAGUUGAUUUUUGGAACAGUCGGUGGGCAAGUAAACAUCGUGAAAUUGACAGCUUCGCGCCCAAACCGUGGCCGUGGGAUUAUGACACUUUAUCAACUGAAAUAAUGUGCCCUCCUGAAAAAAAUGACGGGUUUCAAUUUUGUACCGCGACCUGGGUAAAUGCGGCUCAUAUACUUGUGGACAACCUGCUACCUUACUCUGUGAGCGACAAUAUAUGGCGUCGUGUUGAGACCUGGAGAAGUGGAAAUCCUAGUAAUGAAACAAUCAAGGACGUAUAUCUCGACUUUCAACGUGGUUGCGAUAAUUUUAAGGUCAUGGUAGAAAAGAGAGAACCGUACAUACCAUGGUCACAAAUUCCGGCAAACACUGAUUGGCCAACUUUAGGCAAGCGGUGUUCACUAUUUUGUGUCGAUAUUCUGACUGUACCUUUCAGUAUUUUCUGUAUCAUUCUUAUCCUCUUGAGCUUAGUUAGUUUCCAGACUAUCAAGAAGCCUAAAAGAAAGCGACGACGACCGGUCUUUCGGGCUCCAUCGGCGAGAUCUAGUCGUGCGUCGACAUAUCGAACAAUAGAUGGCGAUGUGGCACGAUCACAGAAUCAGUAUCGGACUAGAGCAUCACAACGACCAAGCUCCUUUUACUCUUCAGAGGGAGACUAUUACGCAGAUGAAGAUUCGGCAUCGUUAUAUCGUUUAGGAAAGCCGCAAAAGUACUCUGUAAAGGAAGUCUCAAGUCGAUAUACAAAUCCUUCCGACAAAUCAGAAUCAACACGGUAUCCCAGCACCAUAACAAAACAGAGCCGAGCUACAAGUUCUACAACCGACAAUCUAACAACCAAUCCACCGCCAAUACAACAUAAGAGGUUGAAAGUGCCCCAGUCUCGUUCUCCAAGUACAAGUCCAAGUUCAAGUUCCUCUACUUCACUAUCCUCCUCAACCUCAUCCUCCAACCCCAAACCGCAACGACCACCCUCGCCUGCCAACGCCUCCCAAUUUUUCUCCCUCAACCCCUCCGAAAAACACUACUACUAUCCCAACAACGAUCUUCCCCUACGUGAACGACGCAAUACCUCUACAACCUUCCCGCCCACCCGUCAGCGAUACGUGCAUUACGAAGACGAAAAAGACUGGGCAGAUGACGAACGCACACCACGUCUCUGCAUGGCUUUAACAGCAACGGGAAAACAAUGUUCGAGAAGAGUUUCACUGGUGACGCCGCUGAGUGGGAGUACGGUGGAGGCGUUGGUUAGUCCGCUUUGUUACCAGCAUCGGCAUGUGCGGAAAUGGAUUAGGGCAGCUCAUGAGAGAGGUCCGCCUGUGGAGGAGAGUGUGUCUUCGGUGGAAAGGGAUAGGUUACCGGAGGAGGAGAGCAGGAGGCCAUCGGUACGGUUUUUGGAUGAUGAGGAGGAGGAUGACGAGUAUUAG